AUGGCGCCCCCUGGUGAGGCGAUGUGGUUUCAGCAUCUGUCUGAGGCUGAGGACCAGGGAGUCUUCAUCUGCAGCCAGUCUGACAGCAUAACAGUAGCUCAUGGGGAGGUAGACCUGGCGACAGUGACAGCACAGGAUGUUAAAUGUGUACGAAGACCACCACAUCACCUCAGGAGAGGUGUGAAGAACUUCCUGAAAAAAGAUGCCCUCCUCAGCCCUGCGUUCCUGUGUGCCAUCCUGCCCCCCAACCAAUGCCACCCUGCCCUCCUCAGCCCUGCGUUCCUGUGUGCUAUCCUCCUUCUCAGCCUUAUGCAUGGUGUGGACCACAGCCUGGCUGGGGGUAUGGAUGUGGCCAUGGACCCAGUAGUGGUCAAGGACCCAGUGGAAUCCGAGGAUCCAGUGGUGACCAAGGACCCAGUGGUGAUCAAGGAUCCAGUGUUGGCAAAGGACCCAGUGGUGACCAAGGACCCAGUGGUGACCAAGGACCCAGUGGUGGUCAAGGACCCAGUGGUGGCAAAGGACCCUUUGGAAUCCAAGGACCCUUUGGAAUCCGAGGACCCAGUGGAAUCCGAGGACCCAGUGGAAUCCGAGGACCCAGUGGACCCAUAGGACCCAGUGGUGGCCAAGGAGGUCAACACAAGCACAAGGCUGGCCACAAGCAUGUCAAUUGUCACAAGAAGGGGAAGGAGAGUCUUGGGUCCUCCAGCAGCGGCUGCAGCAGCGACUCUGACUAGAUGGACUCCUGACUCCUGGAUGGAAACCUUCUUCCUCCUACUUUACACAAGAAUCACCUUCAAAAGUUCUUCAUAACUCAUAAUAAUGUGUAUUCUUGGUACUAAAGAUGUAAAAUCAAAAAUUUAGUUCAUUCACUGAUUGUAAUGAUGAAAAACUAAUCGAAUAAAUAAAGUGAAA